CUUUCAGCUUACGUCCCUCACAGCUUCCGAGAAACCACAGGAGCCUAAGACCUAGACAUCACUGCAAGGUGCAGUGACAGAGAGGAGAGAGGUGCAGGGAGGAACUGGGGCAGAGUGGCAGAGAAAGUGACACAGGGAGAGCAACGUGACAAAGAGAGGGACGGGGAAAGAGGCAAAGAAAGUAACCAAGGGAGAGAGGGAAAGACGGCAGGGGAAGGGAGGGGUGAGUAAAAGCCAAAGGAAACCAAGAUCACCAAGGACACAGAGGAAGCAGAAGAGGUCCUGGGAAGAGGGACACGAGCCAUGCCCCAUAGCUCUGACAGCAGCGACUCCAGCAGCUUCAGCCAGUCACCCCCACCUAGCAAACAGGAUUCUUCUGAUGACAUGAGGAAAGUUCAAAGGAGGGAGAAGAAUCGCAUCGCAGCUCAGAAGAGCAGACAGAGGCAGACCCAGAAGGCCGACACCCUGCACUUGGAGAGUGAGGACCUGGAGAGGCAGAAUGCUGCUCUGCGCAGGGAGAUCAAGCAGCUGACGGAAGAAAUGAAGCAUUUCACCUCAAUGCUGAGCUCCCAUGAGCCCCUCUGCUCCAUUCUGACCACGGUGCCCCAACCGCCCCCGGAGGUGCUGUAUGCCACACACUCCUUCCACCAGCCCCACAUCAGCUCCCCACGCUUCCAGCACUGAGCCCGGCCACAAGGACAUGCAGCCUGCAGGCUCCACAAAUGGAAAUCAGAGACCCCACGGGGCUCACUCUUUGGUUCACAGGAGGGACAUGGACUGUUACAACUAUUCCUUCCCCUCCUUCAAGCGUCUACUGGGCCAGGCCCAGGGUCACAUGUCUAGGAGUUGGCCCCGGUGCAGAUAUGGCAGAACACCAGCAGGCAUCUUCAGGGAGGUUAAAUCUCAGAUCAACAGAGAAGGGAAGCGUUUGCAAAUUGGCACCAAUCCCUGUUCUGUUGUUUGCACUGGGACCCUCGCAUUGGUCUAUGUGGCACAGGAACCCUGUCUCCAUGUGAGCAGUGAGCUGGAGACUUCACCAGUGAGUGCUCCCAGGAGAGGAGCACUGGGAAUGAGGGGCCAUGGGGUAGCGGGGGAGACUGGUUUAUUUUUUAAAAA